GCUGGGGUGUUUCAAAGGGAAGCCAGUUUCCCUCUACAUCGACAAGUCAGUUCAACCUAUUCGAUAUCCACCUCGGCGUAUUCCAUUAGCCACCAAAGGCCUUGUCGAAGCUGAACUAGACCGCCUAUGUUCAGAAGGGAUCCUAGAGCCAGUUGAGUACUCGGACUGGGCCACACCGAUUGUGCCGGUUCCUAAGAGCGACGGGACAAUCCGCAUUUGCGGCGACUAUAAGUCGACGCUUAACAAAGCACUAAAGCCGCACAACUUCCAGAUACCUGCUAUCAACACUUUACUUUCGUCUAUAGAGGGAGGCAGCAUUUUUGCCAAAAUAGAUCUUGCACAAGCCUAUCAGCAAUUGCAAGUGGACGAACAAUCAUCCGUGUUGCAGAGUAUCGUCACUCACAAAGGCGCCUUCAGAGUUACCAGGCUUCAAUUUGGAAUCUCUUCAGCGUCAGGGAUAUUUCAAAAUUUUAUAGAAACACUUUUAAGAAAUAUUCCGGGGGUGCUGCCGUAUUUUGACGACAUCGUUCUAAUGGGCAAAACAGAGGCUGAGCUCGCUGCUCGGCUGCAUGAGGUAUUUAGCCGAUUCAACACCGCUGGUCUUCGACUAAGAAAGGAUAAGUGUUCCUUCGGAGUCUCAAGCAUCGAGUUCCUGGGAUUCAAGCUGGAUUCACUGGGCAUUCGGCCAUCUCAGAGUAAAGUCAAGGCCAUUCAAAACGCUCCAGCACCCCAAGACAAAAAACAAUUGCAAGCGUUCUUGGGCCUCCUCAAUUUCUACCACUCCUUUUUACCGAACAAAGCUACAAUUGCCGAGCCCUUACAUCGCCUACUGGAUAAGAACUCCCAUUGGUUCUGGAAAAAGGAACAACAACAGGCGUUCGAAAAUCUUAAGCAGCUCAUAGUAUCCGAACGCGUUCUAGUACACUAUAGCUCAAAAUUGCCAUUGGUGGUAGUUUGUGAUGCAUCGCCAUAUGGCAUCGGCGCUGUUCUCAGCCACCGCAUGCCUGAGGGGUGUGAGAGGCCCAUUGCAUUUUACUCUAGGACCUUAUCGAAGCCAGAGCGGAAUUACGCCCAAAUAGACCGCGAAGCUGUAGCGUUAAUCGCUGGAGUGAAAAAAUUUCACGACUACCUUUAUGGGCGCAAAUUUACUCUGGUUACCGAUCAUUGGCCCCUAUUGGGUAUCUUCAAUACGACCAAGCCCGUUCCUAAUGUGAUAUCAUCGCAAAUGCUUCGACGGCGAAUUUUCCUUAAUGCGUACGAUUUUGAAAUUGCAUACCGUUCGGGAAAUAAGCUGGGGAACGCUGACUUUUUGAGUCGAUUACCCUUAAUGGAUGAGCAACGAAUGAUUAAGGAAGAUGUACUGAUGAUAGAAAUGGUCAACAAGCCCGUAGUAGACGCCAAACAUAUCGCUGUUCAAACUGCCAAAAAUGCGGACCUGGCAAAAGUUCUCAGCUGGGCGUUAAGGGGGUGGCCACCUAACAUGAGCCGAUCGGACAGGCUGUAUCCCUUUUAUGUUCGCCGACAAGAAAUCUCAUCACUAAAAGGUUGCUUACUAUGGGGGAACAGAACAAUCAUCCCGACAGAAAGUCGACAGGUAGUCCUCAGUGCGUUACAUACUGGCCAUCCGGGCAUUGUGCGAAUGAAGGCCUUAGCGAGAAGCUAUGGCUGGGUGCCGAAAAUGGAGUCGGAGAUUGAGGAUAUUGUAAAGAUGUGUGCACCUUGCCAAGCUACUCGUCACGAGAAUGCUCAUGCGCCAGUUCAUUGGUGGGAAACAACGAAAAAUCCAUGGUCACGCCUCCAUGUAGAUUUUGAUGGGCCGUUUCAAGGUAAGAUUUUCUUCAUCGUUGUAGAUUCGUUCUCGAAGUGGCUUGAAGUUUUCUUGGUCAAGUCAACCUCAUCCCAAUCGGCCAUCAAACCCCUUCGAUCACUCUUCGCAACUCAUGGGCUGCCGGAUGAGAUAGUGUCAGACAACGGGACAGCAUUUACAUCCGAUGAAUUUAAAACAUUCAUGCAGGACAACUUAAUUCGUCACAUUCGCUGUGCCCCAUUUCACCCGUCGUCCAACGGUCAAGCAGAACGAAUGGUGCAGACAACGAAGGACUUCUUGAAGAAAACACCAGAGUGGCAGGACAUCGACUUAAGGCUGUCACGGUUUCUUUUCAAUCAGCAUAUUACGCCGCAUACAUCUACUGGGCGUUCACCUGCAGAGCUUAUGUUUAAGAGACAACUAAAGACAUUUUUCGAUAAAAUUCAUCCGCACGAAUUGCCUACUGCAAAGCACGAAAUUGGCAGGGAGAAGUCCUUCAACGAUGGAUACCCAGUGUGGGUGCGAAACUACUCCACAGGACCUAAAUGGGUACCAGCGAAAAUUAAUUCAAGGAAUGGACCCAUAUCAUAUGCAGUUCAGCUGGACGACGAUUCGCGUAUCAUAAAACGGCAUCUGGAUCAGAUAAGAAUUCGACAAGUAGCUGAACGGGGUAAUGACUUAGCUCUCUUUAACCAAAACUCUAAAGAGCCAGAAACCUCAUCGGAAUCGGGGUCUGCAGCGAUGGAUGAGAGCAGUCCAUCUUCUCCACUUCAACAACAGUCCAAUUCAGAGGGUUCUUCGCAGCAUCGGUCGUACCCCUCCACCGCAGCAGAUAGUUCGACACCGCUGGACGCAGGCAUCUCAUCAGACGAUUGCACUCCACGACGAUCCAAUCGUGCUCGCCGUCCACCAGAUUUUUACAGCGUUCCUGGGCGUUAAGGGGUGUAAUGUCUGAGUGAAUCUCUUGCACUCAAACUUACUAAAUACUCUCGUUCGCUCACUGCAGCUUAUAUGUAUGUAUGCACAUACUAUAAAUAU